ACGGGCAGCACCACUUUCCGCGAAUUGCCCGAGACUCGACAGCGUUGUCAAUCUGCAUCACCCACUUCGACGCCCAGCCCCAAAACUUGGCAGAUUCACGCAGCGAACGACCCCGUCUCGAAAACAACGAGCCGAUUUUCCGUGUCGAGAUUGUUCUGGUCGCGGUCGACAGCACGCCGCCGCCAAAAUUGCGCACUGACGACGACGAAGGAAGCACGACUGCGCGAUUUCCGCCCGAUUGAUUAUUAUCGUGUCUGUGGCGUGGGCUGUUUCAGGCUGCCCGCACGUCGCUCACGCGCCGUUCGCACCCGCUGCCACGAGACUGGUAGGACAGCAGCGCCGCCGCCGACGACGACGACGACAAGCGACGACAGACGACGACGACGACGACGACGACGCGGCGGACAGCAACUGCCAGCAGGCCGAGUCCGGCGCCGCCGACCGAGGCGCGACCAACCAAGACGGUACACAACCUUGAGCCCUCGCUGUUGCCCACCUUGCGGCCAAUCUCCCAUCCAUGGCGAUUGCCGGAUAAAAAAGGGUGUAUCCCGCGCAAAGACGCCCGGCACGUCCUGCCAACCAGCCCACGACACCCGCCAAGUCUCCGCGUCAACCUACAAGCGGCCGGCUGCUGCCGCCUCCCCUCCAGCCAUGGAGGCACGACAGCUUGUCCCAACCGGUGGCGAUGAUGGACGCACCUCGAGGUCCCGGCUUUGCCAACCUGUGAAGCUGCCUGCAAACGGCGUGCUGGUCAUGUCUGGAGGCGAGGUUAUAACUCUCUCGAGCCCUGCCUCCUACACACCAGCGUGCGCCCCAAACACCCAACCCGCCAUUAUUGCUGGCAACGGCGUCGGCGUCGACGACGCUACGAGCAUCGGCGGUACCCAUGUCGUCGAUUUGCGCGACCCCUUUUUUGCCUCGACAUUCCCGCAAUGCUAUGCUCUCGCCGCCACCACCGUCGUCGCAUACACCCUAGUUAUCAUGCUAGUAAUCACCCCUCGAUCUUUUCUCGACGGUGGUGUCGUGGUCCUAGGCCGCCGCGGCUUUACUAGCGGCGGCUCCGGGUCUGGCACCAUCGGUGGCCGACCCUGGCUCCAGAAAGUUGCCGCGCUUACCGUCGCCAUCUCUCUCACCAUUGCAACGUCCAACACGUACAGAAUGGCAGAAGAGCAGUAUGCGUCGGGCUACCAGGACGCCAGGCAGCUGCAGGACAAGAUCCUGAAUGGGACAGAACUCAAGAUUAUCCGCAUCAUCUCCGAUACCUUUCUAUGGCUCGCACAGGCCCAGACGCUCAUCCGUCUGUUCCCGCGGCAGCGAGAAAAGGUCAUCAUCAAAUGGACAGCAUUUGCCUUGAUCACGCUGGAUCUGAUAUUCGACUCGCUCAACAGCUUCCACUACAUCGGACCCAAUAACUCGAGGCCUGGCAACUUCAAAGAUGCCAUCCCCGCCCUCAGCUACGUGUUCCAGCUUGCGCUGGGUGUGCUGUACGCAGCUUGGGUCAUUUACUACUCACUAAUGAAGAAGAAGUAUGCAUACUACCACCCGCAGAUGAAGAACAUCUGUCUCGUCGCCAUCCUUUCUCUCUUUGCAAUUCUCGUUCCCGUCGUCUUUUUCAUUCUGGACAUCGCGAAGCCCGAGUUCACCGGCUGGGGCGACUACGUCCGGUGGGUCGGAGCGGCUGCGGCCAGUGUCAUCGUCUGGGAAUGGGUUGAGCGUAUCGAGGCUCUUGAGAGAGAGGAGAAGAGGGACGGGAUUCUGGGUCGCGAGGUGUUUGAUGGCGACGAGAUGCUGGAACCGCCCUCGGACUCGAACUGGCCGCGUCGCAAUUGGAGUGAGAAGGCCCCGGGCGGCACCGACUACGAUAGCGGCGACAGUAGCGAUGACGGCGGUGAAGGUGGUAUACGACCUCGAAAGCGGGUGGCAGCAGCAGCUCGCGCGCGCCCCCGGGCCCGCGACGGGCCGAGUACCAGUGGGCGGCCUAAUGUGUGGCCUUCGGUUUCAUCGAUUGCCCAACGAUAUCGGUCACGGCCGAGUAAGGACGAUAGCGCAACGGCCGAUGCCGGGCCCAGCCGCCUAGCGGCCAACCACACCAGGCCGUCGGCGAGGUUCCUCCAACCGCCGUUGUGGCCGUCUCGGCCACCCCCAGCGGCAACGCCUGUUAGCCGAACUGACACGGCCAGCGCGGACAGCACUAUCUACGCCAUUCGCUACCACCCUUUGACCGAGACGACAACGAGGACAACGGCGCACCCGACGCCGCCGCCUCAUCACCUGACCGCAGAGCGGCAGCAGUAUCCUGACCCAAGUGUCCCACACCACCCCUUGGCACAAUCUUCGGGUUUCCGCUCAGCAGCACCUCCUCAGCCGCAGACCCUUCAACUGCCCCGCUCACAACAGACCCCGCAAUCAUCACGACCCGGAACACGGAGUGGCAACAUGUCCAGUAUGGGCAACUCUCAAGCUGGCACGGGCGAACCUGUGCUAGAUGCGCCAACCAAUACGGCAUCGGGGGCGGCCGGUUUUGGCGGUAGUGGGAGCAGUAAUAGCGAGCAGAGCGGGACAACAAGCAAAUGGCGGGCACUAGGGAUACCUCUGGUGCGUCGCAAAACGCCGGUAUCCGGCGCAGAAGCGGCCACUACCCCACUACCGAGCCACGGAUCUCGUUUCCGCCAGUCGCAGGUCGAGCGCGGGGCGCGGGGCAAUAGGUGGGACCUACGCACGCGCAUGGAGGACUUUGCGGCGACCCAAGCGGACAAGAUACGUGAGAAGAUCAGGCCGACGCCGGACACACAGAGCCUGCCGGUCACGGUGAUACCAGCACCGCCGCGAAGGGGUGCUGCGCUAGCCCAGCUUCUUGAGGAAGAGGAGUCGCAGCAGGCGCAACCGCUGGUAACCCAAAGCCCUCAGCCAGGCAUGGACCAAGACGGAUCCGACUCACCAGGAUCGCCAGCGAGGCCGUGGCGCAGGAAUAGUACCGGCUCGGCCAGUUCGUCACCAAGAAUGGAAGGCGGUUGGCCCGAACCUCGCGAGGCUGCGCCUUUAAUUGGGCCAACGGCGCCCAGGAUUCGAGAGGGCUCGAGACAAGGCUUAUCACAUGAGGGGCCGCUAGUACCAUAACGACUCUCCGGUCAGGCAAGCUCUUGCCUUCCUUUUUGCUUGUUUUGCUUGCCCAAGGCUUGUUCAGGGAGUUCCGGUUGCUGCUGGAUACUUUAUAUCAUAUUAUUCCACGAUGUGUACAUGUUGCAUGAUACCUGAUAAUUCAUGGCGCUUUCUUUUUUGGAAGGACGCGAGUCUACAUAUCUACCGAUCUUCAUAUUUAAUCAGUGCCACUCGAACUGUGUCAGCUCAGGGGUCCGCCUACAAAGGUGAUGUUUUGCUGGCUCGUUCGCCUCGCGGGAUCGCUUUCUUUUUCGGUUUUCUGGCUUUUCCUGGAAUGAAGGGCAAAAAUAACGUCAACGAGACGCGGCUCUAGACCCUAGCACAACGCAUCCGCUACAUCCUAUCCAGAUCGAGCUGAAUCGGUGCAACUACCAUCUACUUCAUGCGGCAAAGCAAUGGACUAAGUGUUCUGUCGCGACUGAUCUCCACACAUGCGGGCUAGCCGCCAUAUGAACUCAUUUGUAAGCA